GCGGAAUCGGCCGGUGCGAUAUGGUUGAAGUUGCGGAGGAAGCUAUUUGCAGCUUGGAGCUCAUUACGCAAAUUGCUCCACAAGAAGAUCCCAAGCAUGGCCAAGAAGACGCAGCCGACGCCCGCGCCCCGUAGCCCGACCAAGAAGGGUGCGUCGGCGCCCACGAACAAGACCAAGAUGACCACGCUCAACGUCGACGCGCCACCCUACGUGCCCGCGCUCGGCUGGAAGACACCGCUGACCGACGACCUCAUCUGGACGGCGGGCCUGCCAUACACACCAGGCAGCGAAAAGCAGUCGACGGACGGCUUUGUCAUCCUCGACCAAGUCGUCGACUACCGCGAAGUGCCGGACGAAGAGCUCUUUGACCCAGCGUUCUACCCGUUCACGACCACGGACCUGCGCGAACUCGAGGCGUGCGACCAGAUGAACGAGCUCCUCGCUGAGCUCGAGAUCCUCGACAUGCAAGAGGAGCUCCACCGCAAGCUCUAUGACAAGUGCGUGUCGCUCCAGGAGAACCGCCGCAGCAUCGAGCCGAUGGUGCAAAACAUUCUCAAGCGCACGACCAAGACAGACAACGCGUUGUACCAGACGCAGAAGGCCAACAAGUCGAUGCAAUACAAGCUCACACACCACGGCAAGAGCCCGCGCUUUAGCCGGCAGAUUUGCCAGCCGCGCGCGUCAUACUAGACGCAAAUCUCUGCGCACUCUUCUGCGAGGAGCCACCACAAGACCAAAAUAUUUAAAAAUUCUAGCCACACAGCGACGACCGCGCCUGUGUAUCGUGUAGCACUAGUCGCCACAACCAAUUUUAGGUGGUAAUCAUCAAUCAACCUCGCCCCUUUGUUCCA